CAAAAAAAAAAAAGAGAGUUCCCAAACAAAACGACCGCUUUUAAUAUUAAUAUAUAAUAAAUAAAUAGAUAAAUAGAACUUUAUUAAAAACCCAACUCCGCGCCGGCCCCCAAAAAAAAAGAAAAGGCUCCGUCUCCAAAAUUGGUAUUGAAAUUGAAAAACAAAUACCAAAAUUGAAAGUAAAAGCAUGGCGUUAAAGGUGCUUUCAGCGCUGGACUCGGCGAGGACUCAAUGGUAUCACUUCAAGGCCAUCAUCAUCGCCGGCAUGGGGCUGUUCACGGACGCUUACGACCUCUUCUGCAUCGUCCCCAUCAUGCGAUUCAUCGGAAGGGUGUACUACGAGGACGCCGAGAACAAAUACCAGGUGCCGCCGGUGGUGGUUUCCACUCUGGUGGGGCUGGCUCUCGUGGGGACGGUGAUAGGGCAGGUGGUGUUCGGAAGGCUGGGAGACCGAAUCGGAAGGCGACGGGUGUACGGGCUGGCAUUGAUGCUGAUGGUGCUGAGCUCCAUAGGAUGCGGAUUCUCCAUCUGCAGAAGCAGGGGGUGCGUGCUGACCAGCCUGGGGUUCUUCAGGUUCAUCCUGGGCGUCGGGAUUGGCGGCGACUAUCCCCUCUCCGCCACCAUUAUGUCGGAGUUCGCCAACAAGAGGACGCGUGGGUCUUUUAUAGCGGCGGUGUUCUCGAUGCAGGGGAUUGGGAUUCUGGCCGGCUCCACCGUAACUAUGGUGGUCUGCUCCAUCUUUGACGCGGCAUCUAAAGCAGAUAGAAAAGACAAGCCCACUCCCAACGAGGCUGAUAUUGCAUGGAGAGUCAUACUCAUGAUUGGUGCAAUUCCCGCUGCCUUAACUUACUAUUGGCGUAUGAUGAUGCCUGAAACUGCGAGGUACACAGCUCUUGUUGAGCAAAAUGUCCUCCAAGCCGCCAAGGACAUGGAGAAAGUCCUUGACGUUUCUAUAAUGCAGAUUGCAGAGGAUGAACCCCAGCCUCUUCUUAAUCCACCCUCCUAUCCCCUUCUCUCCAAGAAAUUCUUCCGCCGCCAUGGCCGCGACCUCUUCGCCUGUUGCACCGCCUGGCUGCUGGUGGACAUCGUUUUCUACAGCAGCAACCUCUUCCAGUCUCAAAUCUACAAGCGCUAUCUCAAAGACAAACACGAUGUCAACGCCUUCAAAGACGUUUUUUAUGUUGCAAGGCUCCAAACUAUCAUUGCCAUCUGUUCCACCGUUCCCGGUUAUUGGUUCACUGUCUAUUUCAUCGACCGGAUUGGACGAGUCAGAAUCCAGGUCAUGGGCUUCUUCAUCAUGGCCAUUGUCUAUUUCUCCAUUGGGAUUCCCUACUACAUGUAUUGGAACAAGCAUACCAAUGCCGGUUUCAUGAUCCUCUACGGCCUAACCUUCUUCUUCUCAAAUUUCGGUCCCAACACAACCACCUUUAUAGUCCCUGCAGAGCUUUUUCCGGCGAGGUUCCGAUCUACAUGUCACGGCAUUUCGGGGGCUUCCGGGAAAGUUGGGGCCAUUAUAGGAUCGGUCGGCUUCUUGUGGGCUUCUCAUAAUAAAAAGGAGGAUGGAUAUCCUAAAGCAAUAGGAAUGACUGCCUCAUUGGUCAUAUUGGGUGGAGUCUGUAUUUUGGGAAUGUUUGUCACUUAUUUCUUCACACUUGAAACCAAAGGAAGAUCGUUAGAAGAGAAUGAGAAUGAUGAUGAUGAAGCUGAUGGAAAAUGGUUGCUUAGAUCUUUCAAUACUGGUUUUGAUAUAAUACUUCCACAUAAUUCAUCUCGCAAUAAUGGAGUGGGUGGUGCUGCAUAGCUAUUAGCAAUAUAUAUACAUAUGCAUAUAUACAAGGUUUUGUAUAAGAACCCGUUUGGAAAGGUCGUCUCUCUGUUUUUACUUUCUCUUGGACAACAUAUACACCUGGAGGCUGAGUACAUUUUACAUUUACAUUGAUUAGGCUUGGAGGGUUUGGAUCAUGGCAGAUUCCUCGACUGCUUGUAAAGCUAAGCUUGCAACUUUUUCUUUAUUUCUCUUUUUGUAAUCAUUCAUAGCUACAGCUAUAGCUAGCUAGUGUCAUCAAUUUUCGGUUAUAAAUUCUCGUACAUAUAAUCUUGUGUUGCUGCAUCUUCGUUGGUUUUCUUGUGUCACUGGCAAAAGUUCUUUCGACAUUGGACAUUAUAUUUAUACAUAUGAAUGAAUUUUAUGGGGCUAGCAAUUGGAUUGCA